AUUCUUUGUUAGUCUUUGAAGAACAAUGGGAAGUGUUUGUUCUGGUGGAACAAAGGAGCAGAACACAAAGGUUGGAGAAAAGACUACAACAGGGUUUUCCGGGAAGCUCAAGUCAAUAAAGAGCUUUGGUAAGAAAAAAUCAAAUUUACAUUUACAUUCCGGCACCAAUGGCACUGCUGUUGAUAAAGCACGGGAGAGGCACGACCCUGGUGGUGACUUUGAAUCACAAUUUUCCCUGGAAUCGGAGCCACCGGCACCCCCUCGAAAUUUGAUUGCCAGGAGUUCAUUUCUCGGAAGAGCUGGCACCGUUGGCCUCGAAAGGGCAGUCAACGUUCUCGAUUCACUCGGGAGUGGCGUGUCGAGCUUGAACUCAGGAAGUAGCUUCGUUACAGGCCUAUCUUCAAGGGGGAAUAAAAUAUCUAUAUUGUCAUUUGAAGUGGCUAAUACAAUAGCGAAAGGAGCAAAUCUUUUGCUGUCACUUUCAGAAGAAAACAUUCAGUUCCUUAAAAACGAUGUCUUAAAUUCUGAAGCAGUACAAAAGCUAGUUUCUACAAACAUGAACGAGUUGCUAAGCAUUGCAGCGGCUGACAAGAGGGAUGAAUUGGAUGCUUUUUCGAGAGAAGUAAUAAGGUUCGGAGAUUUAUGUAAAGAUCCACAAUGGCACAACCUCGGCCGAUACUUUUCGAAACUCGAUACUGACAAUUCGCUUCCGAAACAAACUCAAGCUGAUGCAGACCAGACAAUGAAAGAAUUAACUUCUCUGGCUCACCAUACCUGUGAAUUGUACCAUGAAUUGAAUGCAUUAGACAGAUUUGAGCAGGAUUGUAGACGAAGGCUGGGAGAUAUAGAGUCAAAUCUCCCUAAAAUAGGAGAUAGUAUCAUGCUUUUUCAAAGUGAGUUGAAGCAACAAAGAAAGCUUAUAAGGAAUUUGAAGAAGAAGUCUCUUUGGUCUAGAACCUUGGAAGAGAUCGUGGAGAAGUUCAUCGAUAUCGUUACUUUUAUGCAUCAAGUAAUCCCUGGAGCCUUUGGAGACUCAGCAUCAGUUAGAAAGGAUACUACCGAAAAUCCUCGAGAACUCGGUGUUGCUGGACUUGCAUUACACUAUGCUAAUCUUAUUAAUCAGAUUGAUAACAUUGCAGCUCGCCCGACCUCCCUUCCUCCUAAUGUAAGGGACACGCUAUACCACGGACUGCCACACACUGUUAAGAAGGGUUUAAGGUCCCGAAUACAGUCCAUUGACACCGAGGGAGAGAGUUCGAUCUCGGAGGUCAAGGAUGAGAUGGAAAAGACACUGCAGUGGCUUGUUCCAGUUGCCACAAACACAAGCAAAGCACAUCAAGGCUUUGGAUGGGUUGGAGAAUGGGCAAAUACUAGCAUCGAAUUCGGAAGGAAUGAAGCCCCAAAUGUUACCCUCACUCGGCUUCAAACACUUCAUCAUGCAGAUAAACAGAAGACGGACGAAUACAUCCUUGAAUUGGUGGCAUGGCUUCAUCAUUUGAUGAAUUUAAUAAAACUAAGAGAUGACGGCAUCAAGGCUCACCCACUUCGGUCUCCCACGAGCAAGGGAUUGGUUUCUCAGUCCAAGAUGCAGCGAGUUCUAUCCCUAAACGGCAUUACAGAACCCCAAAGGACCAAACUCUCCGAAGAAGUGAACUUGUUAAACAAAGCAAAGACGAGGAGAUCGAUCCCGAGGAUCAGCAGGAGUCAGGAACUUCCUUUAGGGAAAAGCAAAGGCAUCAGAGUUUUGGCAUCAAGUAGGAGUGCCGGGAACUCUCCUGAGAGGAGUUUUGGGGAAAGAAAGACCUUGAAGGUUUCACACACAAAUAUAUUGAAUGUCUUGGAUGGUUUAUCUCAACCGGGGUGACAUUUAAAAGAAUUUCACCUUAACCAUUUUGUAUAUAAAUAAUCA